UCAUGGAAGAAGCUGUUAUCAGUUCCGAGGGAGUUGGAGAGGGACAUGUAUCAGCUGUUUUGCUCUCCAAGUGAUUGACGAUUUCAUUUGCUUGCAGACAGACACUCGCAUGGGAAGUACCUUACCCAGCGCCACCAUGCGGAGAUGGCGAAAUGACACUGGGAGUGAAGGAGACCCCGAGGAUCCCAUUCCGAGGCUCCUGUUCAGAGGAUACGUGGAGCUAACGACCGCCCGCUUACACAAAGUCAUGGUCGAUACCGGAAUCCUGGAGGUGGAGAGCGAUCUGAUAGCCGGGGCGAGGGCCAAGGUCUUCUUCCAGAGGCACGCUCUGUACCUAAAUGAGGCCAGAGCGAGAACAGGCCCGCGACUUUGUGAUCUGCUCAGGAACCGUCUGACGGAGCCGUGUUGCUGCGUGGCACGACCGUUCAUAAACAAGAACGGCACCUUCAAGAGGAUUACCGGGGUCGAAGUUCACCUGAUCGCCAAGAGGGUGUGGAUCGGCGGGAGAUGUUUCUCGUCAGCCGUGAAUGGACGCGGUCCUCAAACAGCGCGACUUCGCGUGUCCAGUAACGAUGACCAAGAUCCGCAGUAACGAUGGCCAAUAUCAUGUCCAGUAACGAUGGCAAGAUGUGCGCAGUAACGAUGGCCAAUAUCACGAGUAACGAUGGCCAAGAGGCAGGUCCAGCCGCUGCAGCCGAAACAUCUGGCGUGCUUCGAGGCGAAAUCUCUUGCGUCGUAGAUUCCGUAGGUAUCCUGAAGAAGGUCGACGGCUACUGCAGAGUAUUCUUCGCCCACCAGUGCUUCCUGUAUGGCGUGUGUCUGCGGGACGUGCGCCUAGAAGACGUCCUGCACGAAGGAAAAAUGGUAUCCUACAAGCUGUCUGAUGAUGGCUGGAAGGUAAAGAGUGUGCUGAUUGGUAGCAACCACUGCACGAAGACCCUAGACCCUAAGGACCUUUUCUAUGUGCUGAAAGCUUGGUGUCACUCAAACUGCAUUCCCCAGGACACAACAGAUAUACUAUUAAACUUAGCAGGAUGGAUUCCUGAUGAUUUGAACCCAACCAUUGACCAGAAGGAUUACAAAGAAGUCGUGGAUGCUGACAGUUUGCCAGGACCAUAGACAAGAUGGGAGAAAAUGUUAAGAGAAAAGGUUUAGUCCUUUGGAUUAUGGCUUUGAAUAAUGGCACUGGACCUUAUAAUGAUAUUAAUAAGAUAAUAUCUUUAUGACUGGGAGUUGCUACUGAAUGUAAAUCUUCCAAUUAUUGAUGGUGAGUGACAACUACAUACAUGAGUACCUGUAAUGUUUGAAAAUUUAACUUUGAUAUGUCUGUAGUUGAUUCUCUGGUUCCUGGUUAACUAUAAUAUUCAUGGAUUGUACUUUUACUUUUCAUGGUGAAGAGAUUAACCAUUUUCUGAACAUUUUCAAUUAUCUCGUUAUAUACCUAAAACUGUUUAAUACGAAAUGUGAUUGACCUCUGGCUAUAAAAAGAAAAUGCUAGCUAAAAUAGACCCACUUCAGUGAGAUUUGUGAUGGCUGGCUUUGUCUGAACCUUUUGCAAUAUGGUGGAGCCAUUGAGUGUGUUUUUGUAUAGCAGAGACCAAUUCACUAAUGAUCCUAGAGUAAUAAUUAGUGUACACUGGUCUUAGACACCCAUAUCUGACCACAGCACAGAUCUAUGAUAACACAAAGUGCAUAUUUCUCGUACAUGACUCUUUGGAUAAUAUUUCUGGCCUAUUUCUCAUUUAGGUUUCAUUUAAUAGCACUAUAACAACCCACUAUAAAAGUAAUAUGGCAUAUUACUUUUAUAGUGGGUUGCUAUAAAAAAAUACUGUUAAUAUAAACAUGCAUUAAAUUUAGACUUUCAUUUCCCAUAGUGAUUAAACAGGAGGUUGUCGGUUAUUUGGAUGACUGGCAACUUCCUUAAAUGGGAGGCAACAAAAAGGAUACCUAUGGUUGAAAGCUGAAGUACAAAUGCAGAAUUUUUUUGAGUAAAGGAACACACACACAUACAAAUUGGUUGUGAAGUAAAAGAGCAAUAUUAGUUAGUAUGGAGCCUUGUAGGAAUGAUGAACUUUGUUGUUUAUUUCUCUUCAAGAGGUACCUUCACUGUGUUUGAUGUCAAAAUACAUUUAGAACCUUUUAGUGAGUCACAGUCCAUUAAAAUAAAAUUAAUUGUAUAAAGAAACUCAAAAUAUGGCAUUUCAUUUUAUUUAAAAAUCAAUUAUAUACAUUUGCAUAACUUGUCUGUUAUUAUAUAAUUACUAUUUAAAAGUUUUAUAAAACUGUACAUAAAAAUACUUGUGACAGUAG